ACACGCGUGCCACCAUGGUAUCUGUCCUGCAUGAUGUUUUUGGGGAUUACAUGAGUUUGUCCUGCCUGGUGGAUGUUGACUUCUGGUGACUUGCUGACAGAUGAGAGGAUUUGUCAGCCUUUAGCCAUACACAGUGGAGAAGGGUGACGGGGAGGAGACAAGCCGGGUGUGUUUUUGGGGGUGGACGCACUUGCUUUGUAUGCAGAAGACCAGCCGCACAGCCACGCUGUCACUCUCGAUCCAGAGACUCACUCCGGAGCUACCAUGCGGGAUUAAGAUUUGCAGAGAUGGAGAAGAGAAGGCCAGCCAAGUCUCGGAUGCUCCAUUGAGUUUGUGUCCCAUGCGCUCGGUUUGCAAUGCGCACGUGAGCGAAAGCUACCGCCCCGUCCCCAUGCCCGCCGCCAUGCUCCCGUGCCCUUCGCCGGCCGGGUUCAACUGGAGCUUCCAGAACCCGGUGGGAGUGGAUUGCAGCUCCCCCGAGCCUCGCUGCAUAUGGGUGGCGGUGCUGCGCGGCAUCACCGGGCCGCCGCCGCCAGUCAUGCCUGUGGGACGCAGCCACAUCGCCCAUCAGGCGAAAGGGCGAAGGGAUGGUCUCUCGUCGCCCUCCGCCGACAACAACCCCCGGCCACCGAUGGCGUCCCGGCCGGGCAGGGAGGGCAUCAGCGGGGCGUGGAAGGGCCCACGCACGCUGGUCCUCCGCAAGAACUCGCAGGGCUUCGGCUUCACGCUGCGGCACUUCAUCGUUUACCCGCCGGAGUCCACCCUGCACACCACCCUCAAGGAUGAGGAGAACGGCAACGGGAAGGGUUACCACAAAGGCCGACUGGAGCCGAUGGACACCAUCUUUGUGAAGAAUGUGCGGGAGAAAGGUCCCGCUCACCAAGCGGGCCUUUGUACGGGUGAUCGUCUGGUCAAGGUGAAUGGCGAAAGCGUGCUGGGAAGGACUUACUCACAGGUCAUCGCCCUCAUCCAGAACAGUGAGAGCGUGCUGGAGCUCUCUAUUAUGCCAAAGGAUGAAGAUGUGCUUCAGUUGGUAAGUGCGUACUCCCAAGAUGCCUACCUGACUGGCAACGAGCCUUUCUCGGGGGGAGCAGAGAACCUCCCGCCACCGCCACCCCUCUGCUACCCUCGCGCCAAGACCAUGUCACCCGCGGGCGCUCCACCGCCUGCGCCCAUGGGCCAGAACCAGCUCGAUAAUUGGAGUCGCUGGCCCGGUUCCCCGAGUCCCUCCUCGCCCCUGGACAACCGCUCCACCGUGUGCAGUCCCGCCAGUUGGCAAGACGGGCGCUCGGUGGAGUUGGGCGGCGUGGGUCACAGCAGCCCGGCCCACCGCACGGAGGAGAUUCAGUAUGGCAUGACCAGGCAGCAGCCUCAGGGGCAAACCAGGGGGCGCUCCUACUCGUCGUCAUCCUCAUCAGGGGGUCCAUUAUCCAGCCCGUUACAGGUCCACUACCCCAAUCACCACCAUGGCGGCAACUCCACGCAGGCCCAGGCGCGCAAGUCCGGCAGCUCGGCCUGGACCAGCCCGCCGCUGCCUCAUCUCGAUCACGGCCAAAGUGAGCGUCGCCAGCAGGCGCUCUCGGAGUGGUACCACAGCCAAGUGCCGGAACGCUCUGGACGCAACAUGCAGGCGCGCCAACGUAGCUACUCGCAGGACCGCCUCAGUGAGUCUAGGAGGCAUCCGCAUCUGCAGCGGGCGGGCGGCUGGCCGCACAGCGCCUCCCAGGACACUCUGCUGUUGGCGCAGCAGUCGGGACUGGGGCCCCACGGAGAGCCCUACUGGUAUGGAGAGUGGGGGCCUGAUAGGGGCCAUCCUGCCUCCGGCUACACGAGGACACGCUCAGAAAACCUGCUGGUGCAGUUUGAUAGCCACGGACGCUCAUUAGAGAUGCUGGACCGAGCCGCGACCGGACUGGUCUCGCCUCGAUGCGAGACGUGGAACCAACCUCCCAAGCCGCCCCCUAGAACUGAUGUCCACCAGAGGCACGGUGGGUCAUACCCUGCGACGCAAGCCCCUCAGAAGCCCCGACACUCGCAGUCGCACUCCAAACACCCGACGCAGACCCAUUCCCCACCCCAACCUCAGCAGGCCCCCGCCAAGAGCAGGCGGCUUCCUCCGGGCCAAAGCAUGGACGACCAGCCGGUGGGCUACCGCAGCUACAGCCCCUCCUUCUACCGUAAGACGGGCCGCAUCAUGCAGCAGGCCCACUCUUUCAGGGACCCUUCAUACUCCGGGCCCCACUUGAACUGGAACACGACCCCCAAAACCAGCCCGCCAGAAGGGGCGCCGGCUUCCUCAGCCGCCACCCCGCUGGUUUCCACCUCGCCCGAAUCCCAGGAGAGAGCGUACAGGCCCACCAACCACGAGCGGGGGUCAACGGAGGUGCCGGUGCAGACACAAGAGGUGGUGAUGCGCCAAAAGCCUCCCAGCGGACGGAGGAAUGCCCACGGCAUGCGGCACCCUCACUACGCGCUGCCUAUGGACGGCCUGGAGCCCUCCUUGUUUUCACCGGAACCCCCAGACUCGGCGACCACGUCAAGCUCUUCUGGAGACGCGGUUCCGUUUAAGGCCAAUGGCAACCUCGUCUCUCUGGAGGACGAUUCGCUGGCGUCCAUCCCCUUCAUUGGCGCUAUUAAAUCGGGUCGCCGUUCCUCCUAUCUUCUAGCCAUCACCGCCGAGCGCUCCAAGUCCUGCGACGAGGGACUCAACGCCUUCCGGGACGACGGGCGAGUCUUCUCGAGGCUGCCGAAGAGAGUCAAGAGCUUCUUCACUGACGGGUCUCUGGACAACCUGGGCACGGCAGAUGAGGUGCGCUCCAAACGUCAUUCCACGUCCGAGUUGGGCAACAUCACCUACAGCGACGUGCGGCAGGAAGGAUGGCUGCACUUCAAGCAGAUCCUCACAGAAAAGGGCAAGAAGGUGGGCAGCGGCAUGCGUCCGUGGAAGCGCGUGUUCUCGGUGCUGCGCUCGCAGUCGCUCUUCCUGUACAAGGACAAGCGCGAGGCGGUGCUGCGCGGCGCCGAGGACGAGCAACCCAUCAGCAUCCGCGGCUGCCUGGUGGACAUCGCCUACAGCGAGACCAAGCGCAAGCACGCCCUCAGGCUCACCACGCAGGACUUUUGCGAGUACCUGCUUCAGGCUGAGGACCAAGACCACAUGUUGAAGUGGAUCCAGGUCAUCAGGGAGAACAGCAAGACGGACAGCGAGGAGCUCGGCUUUUCCAGGCAGGCGCUGAUCAAUAAGAAACUGAAUGACUACAGGAAGCAGAGCCCAACAGGCAGUAAACCCGACUCUUCGCCCAGGAUGUCCCGCAUGAAGCCUCCCUUCCUCCUCGCCAAGACUGAGAACGCUUUGGGUGCGCCGCGCUCCCCCAAACCAGAUGGCAAAGAAGAGAGCAGCCCCCCCAAGUCUCCGUGGGGAAUCAACAUCAUGAAGAAGACCAAGAAAGCUGGACCUAAAGCCUUUGGUGUCAGGCUGGAGGACUGCCUGCCGGGUGUCAACAACAAGUUCAUCCCGCUGAUCGUGGAGAUCUGCUGUGGCCUGGUGGAGGACAUGGGUCUGGAGUACACGGGCAUCUACCGUGUGCCCGGUAACAACGCCAUGGUAUCGCUGCUACAGGAGCAACUCAACAAGGGCGUCGACAUCAACCCGGCAGAGGAGAAGUGGCAGGACCUCAACGUUGUCAGCAGCUUACUGAAAUCUUUCUUCCGGAAGCUUCCGGAGCCUCUUUUCACCAAUGACAAGUACAACGAUUUCAUCGAGGCCAACAGAAUGGAAGAUGCGUCGGAGAGACUGAAGACCAUGAAGAAGCUGAUUCGAGACCUUCCAGAUUAUUACUACCACACGCUCAAGUUCUUGGUGUGUCACUUGAAGACGGUGGCAGACCAUUCCGAUAAAAACAAGAUGGAGCCCCGUAACCUGGCUCUAGUGUUUGGGCCAACGCUAGUGCGCACUUCCGAGGACAACAUGAAGGACAUGGUCACACACAUGCCAGAUCGCUACAAGAUAGUGGAGACGCUCAUACAGCAUUACCUCUGGUUUUUCAGUGAGGAGCCAGACAAGGAUGAAAAGACGCCAGUGGACACUGAGGACGUGCAGCCCGUCCCUAACAUCGACCACCUGCUUUCCAACAUCGGGCGGACGGCUUUGCUCGGGGACGCCUCAGACUCCACCAACAGUGACUCCGCGAAAUCCAAGGGCUCCUGGGGGUCCAAGAAAGACCUCACAGCCAAGGACUUUCUGACUCUGUCCAUCAUGUCGGCGGUGACGGGCCGCAAGCGCCGCAAGCGUCACAACGCUCGGCGGGUGGGCAGCAGCACCGAUGACGACUCGGAGCACGAGGCCAUCAAGGCGGAGGAGGGGGAGGAAGAGGAGGAGGAGGAGGAAGAGGCGGGAAGCGGCAGCGCUCCUCAGGCGGAGGGCGAGGAGGAGGACGAUGAUGAAGACGAGGAGAAAGAAGAAGUGAAAGAAGAGGAGCAGGAGGCGGCGGCGGCGAAAUGCGGCAAGGAGGAAGAGGAGGCGGGAGGAAGGGCGGACGCCCGCUCCAUCGUGUCGGGCUACUCGACGCUGUCCACUUUGGGCCGCAGCCUGGGGGCGGAGGAUGCCGACGACGAGCACAGCGAGCUGGUGAGCGAGACGGACAACGAGAGCGGUUUCGCCUCGCGGGAACGUCCCGGGAAGCCGAUGCCGCCGCCCCUGCCUCCCAAACCCUCGUUUGGUGCGGCGGAGAGGAUCGCCGGCGACGACGGUGGCGGCGGCGGCGGGGCGCGCUCCACCACGCCGUCGUCCACGUCUUCGUCGCACAGGCUGCACUCGCGGCCGGCCUUCAACUCGCAUAAGCUCAUCCAAUGCGACACCCUCGCGCGCAAGAAGAUGAAAGCUCGCUCGCUGGACCUGCUGGAGAUCCCCGCCGCCGCCGCAGACACCGGCCCCGGAGACGACGACACGCCCAGGACAAGGAGCCACACGUCAUCAGGGAGCAGCCAGGAGAAUCUCCGCAUAUCCCGGGCGAGGUUGACGGCCCCGUCUCCUCCCAGUGAGGCGGCGUCCUUCGCCCCCGCCGGCAAGUCCCUGCGCGCGCGGCUGCUGGGCUCGGCCGACGACCUGCGCAGCGUGGGCAUGCGUAAGCCACUAUCGCCCGAGAGCCGCCGCAAGAGGCGCGCCUGGCGCCGACACACGGUGGUGGCGUCGCCCACCGAGGCGCCGAGUGACAAGCGGCCGCCGCUGGCCGCCGCAGAGUUUCCGCUCUCGCCCGUCAGCCCCAAAGAAGAUGACGGCGUCCAACGAGGGUCUUCUGGCCAUCAGGCGCCCACGUCCAGGUUUCACCAGUACCUUUGAGUGGCAGCGGGCGGGGCGACGAUGCUCCUAGAAUUAGAAAAGACGUGAUGUGGAAGCGGCCGGGAGAAUUUUUGUCCAAUCGAGGCAAGACUGGAUCAUCCACUGAGGUGCAGCGUGAGAGUGCGUUCCCACUCGUUCGCAUCACAACCAAAACAUCACCAACGUGGGGCAACGAUAGCAACGAGUGAGCGUGUUUCGGGCGGUGGCUCGUGAUUGACAACUGCUGAUGCUGCGCAACUUGCUCGUCCACGAGAAGAUAAAGGGGAAUAAAAUCCAAGCUGAGAACUCCCUGCCGCUGCCCUGGGUGCCUCUGUCCCUCCAAGGGGCCGACGCGUUGUCAGGAAGCAACCGGGAGACUCUCGGCCUAUCCCGGCCCGGCUCAGGCUGCCCCAUGCCCAGCUGCGGGUCAGCGCACUGGCUUGUUUUAGUUGUUUUGUUUUUUUUUUUUUAAUCUAAAUCCAUUGCCAAAGCUUUCUCAUUUUGUUACUACAUGUAAUUGUGUAUUUUGUAGGGUGGAGACACACUCUGACCUCAUCAUCACCACCCCCCUCCACUGCGCAAAAGUUUUGGGUCGCCACGAGACUUGUUUUUAAUACCAGACGGACAUUUAAAUUUGUUUGGAGUUCAUGAGGCAAAAUGACCACCAGGGGCGUCUCGUUGAGAUUCACUGUCAAAAUGCAAGUAAUGUAAUAUCGAAUCGUUUCAUCCAACAAGAAAGGUCCUUUCGUUGCCAUUUUAGCAUUUACAAAACAUUUUUAUUGCAUCGCCAAUGUGUCACAGUCUGACCAAAAAAAAAAGACGCCAUCACACGUUGUGUGUUAGCAUUAACCGCGCAGAAGCAUUCUUAAUUUAAGGCAACAUUUCUGGAUUGUUUUAAAAACACAGUGUAACUGUCUUUGUUUUAUGUUUACUUUGACAGUUAACUUCAACCGGGAAUGGUAUGAAACAGCUUGAAGCCUGUUUUUUUUUUUCUUUUCAAGAAUUGUUCACUAUUUGCCAAACUGCUGCUUCUAGUGAAGUGAGUUGACUUCAGUUCUCUGCCACUGUCCAGCACUCGUAUCUCAAGGCACCGCUUACUUAUGUUUCAACAUUAACACUGUGCUUAAAUAUAGGGACAUUUUAAGAAACAAGAAAAAAAAAAACGCAGUUGAAGGAUGAUUAUUCUAAUGCGCUCAGCUUUGAUGGUGGCCCAAGCCUUUUGCUCAGGAUCCCAAUUGUCUUUUCCCGCAUGAAUUUUCCCCGGGAAACGGUGGUGCUUUUGUUUUUUGUUUAGUUUUUGUUGGGAGAGAGAAAAAAAAAUUUCAAAACUUGUCAUGUGAUCAUGGUUGGCUUCUUUUCCUCCGGUUUUUGUGUUGUAACAUUUGUACAAAGCCGUAUUAAGUUGUACAUAUGAAAGUUUUCUUUUUAACCUUAAUAAUAAUAAUAAUAAUACUCCUUUUUUUAUGGUUUACAAACAUUUCCUUCUCCAGACGCUACUUGAAACGUUCCCUUAAUAUAUUGUUUGUGUAAACAGUAUUAUAUGUAUUUUUUGUAUUGUGACGUCGCAGCAUACGAAGGCCUUUUUUUGUGUCGGGACUGUCGCUCGUCUCUUAGGUUUUACGUCAAAGCUUCUUGUAACUUCCUGGUCACGUGACUUCAAACCUCACAACCUCUUUGCGUUCAAAUAAGUGCCUCCUUUCUGGAAUGUUCCGCAGUGCCAUGCUGGCUUCUUGUCCCCUCCUCCUUCCCCGGCUCGGUUCCAAAGAUGUGUUCAAUGAAUUCAUAAGGGAAAAAAAAAA